AUGGCAAAAAGAGGCUUGUUGUACAUCCUUGGCGUAUUCUUACCGAUAUGGACCUUUAUGAUCUAUAUUUUUGGUAAAGAGUUAUUUCUCAUACGAAAAUACCAUAAGAUUGACAGCUCUUAUUGUACCCUUUCUCGAAGAGUAAAAGAACAAUAUGAUUCAAGUCGAAGAAGAAACUACUUCCCCGAGGUAAAACUUUCCCGCAAUAGCUACGACGACUACACGUUAAACUAUACAAGACAAAAUGAUUUUGGUCCUUUUUACUCACGGGAAAAUGCAACAAUUUUAAUGCUAGUGAGAAAUUCAGAAUUAGAAGGGGCAUUAGAUUCAAUGAGGUCAUUGGAAGACAGAUUUAAUAACAAAUAUCACUAUGAUUGGACUUUCCUGAAUGAUGUUCCCUUCGACCAAGACUUCAUUGAAGCCACGACGGCAAUGGCAAGUGGGAAGACCCAAUACGCCUUAAUUCCACCAGAAGACUGGAAUCGGCCGAAAUGGAUUAACGAAACAUUCUUUGAAGAAAGACUACGAACGAUGGAGGACGAAGGGGUCUUAUAUGGGGGAUCCAAGUCAUACAGAAACAUGUGUCGAUUCAAUUCUGGUUUUUUUUUCAGGCAGCCAAUACUGGAUAACUAUGAUUACUACUUUAGGGUGGAACCCAAUGUUGAAUAUUAUUGCGAUUUCCCAUACGACCCGUUCAGGAUUAUGAGAUUGAAGGCCAAAAAAUACGGAUUUGUCAUUUCGUUAUAUGAAUAUGAGGAGACCAUACCAACUUUAUGGGAUGCAGUAGAGGAGUAUCUAGUAACUAACGAAGAGAUGAUUUUACGUAAAGAGGACAGUGCAUAUGCUUUUUUAACUGAUUCAGGAUUGGUCGGUAAGCACUACCCCGUUGUUGAAGCAAACUCUAACUACAAUUUAUGCCAUUUUUGGUCGAAUUUUGAGAUUGGCGACUUGAAUUUCUUCAGAAGUGACGAAUACAAGAAAUUUUUCGAAACUUUAGACGCCAAGGGCGGAUUUUAUUACGAGAGAUGGGGUGACGCUCCUGUGCAUUCAAUUGGUGUCUCCCUACUGCUGAGACCUGAAGAAAUAAUUCAUUUUGAUGAACUUGGCUACUUCCACUCACCAUUCGGUACCUGUCCGGCAUCGUACGCCAUUAGGCUCGAUCAGAGGUGCAGAUGCAAAAGCCAUGAUGAGAGUGUCAUAGACAUAACCCCCCAUAGCUGCUUGAUGAGAUGGUGGAAAAACGGUAGUGGCAAAUAUUUCCUGAAAGAAGAGCAACACCAGGUUUAA